CGGAGACCUGGAGCACGGAUGUGCAGAAAACCAGAAUUUAGGAGGCUUUCCAAGUGGGUGGUUUUCCGCUGUCUCCUCGGGGCUGCCAGCUCCAUCGGCUGCGCUGAGACACCCCGGAGCCCGCGCGCCACCCCGCAGGAGCCGAAGUUUCCAGCAGGUCGCCUUCCCUCGCAGCGCGCCAGGGUCUGAAGAUUCUCCGUGCUUCUCCAUCAGGUGGAGCCGCGCUCCGCACUGCCUCCCUCCUCCCUCCUCUCUCCUCCCUCCUCCCUCCUCGCGAGCGAACCGCGCGCAGGCCGCCUUGCAGCGCCAGGAGGUUAACCGAGCCCCGGGAGGAGCUUCUGUGAAAGGAGCCCUUCUGUCGCUCGUCACUCGCUCGCUCGCUCGCUGUGGGAGGAGCCCGCCGGAGGGAGCCGUGUGCCCGGGAUGCCGAGAGCCAGAGAAUGGAUCUGCUCCGAGCGGGGACACUGCUGAGGAUCCCGGCUUCCCGACGCGGCUAAAAACAUACGAUUUGUCUCGGCUGGCUGCAGAGACCCGGAGGCACAAAGAGCCCGCAGCCACUCUGAGGGACCGAGGGACUGACAGGCAGAUGGUCGGCGCGAACCCGAGAGGACCCGCGGCGGAGGCUGAGCCCGGAGAGCCGCCGAGGAAGAGAAACUAACUGCACACCAAGUUGCCCCGCCGGCUUCCCCUCGCUGCGCUGAGGAAUGAAACCUUUCCAGCUCGAUUUGCUCUUCCUCUGCUUCUUCCUUUUCAGUCAAGAGCUGGGCCUCCAGAAGAGAGGAUGCUGUCUGGUGUUGGGCUACAUGGCCAAGGACAAGUUUCGGAGAAUGAAUGAAGGCCAAGUCUACUCCUUCAGCCAGCAGCCCCAGGACCAGGUGGUGGUGUCCGGACAGCCGGUGACGUUGCUGUGUGCCAUCCCUGAAUACGAUGGCUUCGUUCUGUGGAUCAAAGACGGCUUGGCUCUGGGUGUAGGCAGAGACCUGUCAAGUUACCCCCAGUACCUGGUGGUGGGGAACCAUCUGUCGGGGGAGCACCAUUUGAAGAUCCUGAGGGCGGAGCUGCAAGACGAUGCUGUGUAUGAGUGCCAGGCCAUCCAGGCUGCCAUCCGGUCCCGCCCUGCACGUCUCACUGUGCUAGUGCCGCCCGAUGACCCCGUCAUCCUGGGGGGACCUGUGAUCAGCCUGCGGGCCGGCGACCCCCUCAACCUCACCUGCCACGCAGACAAUGCCAAGCCUGCAGCCUCCAUCAUCUGGCUGCGCAAGGGGGAGGUCAUCAACGGGGCCACCUACUCCAAGACCCUGCUCCGUGAUGGCAAGAGAGAAAGCAUCGUCAGCACCCUCUUCAUCUCCCCUGGAGACGUGGAGAAUGGACAGAGCAUUGUGUGCCGUGCCACCAACAAAGCCAUCCCCGGAGGGAAGGAGACCUCGGUCACCAUUGAUAUCCAGCACCCUCCACUUGUCAACCUGUCAGUGGAACCACAGCCGGUCCUGGAGGACAAUGUCGUCACAUUCCACUGCUCUGCGAAGGCCAACCCCGCUGUUACCCAGUACCGGUGGGCCAAGCGAGGUCACAUCAUCAAGGAGGCAUCCGGGGAGGUGUACAGGACUACCGUGGACUACACGUACUUCUCAGAGCCUGUGUCCUGCGAGGUGACCAACGCCCUGGGCAGCACCAACCUCAGCCGCACAGUGGACGUCUACUUCGGGCCCCGGAUGACCAUGGAGCCCCAGUCUCUGCUUGUGGACCUGGGCUCUGACGCCGUGUUCAGCUGCUCCUGGAUCGGCAACCCCUCCCUGACCAUUGUGUGGAUGAAGCGAGGCUCGGGUGUGGUCCUGAGCAAUGAAAAGACCCUCACCCUCAAAUCUGUCCGCCAGGAGGAUGCUGGGAAGUACGUGUGCCGGGCCGUGGUGCCCCGGGUGGGAGCCGGGGAGAGAGAGGUGACCCUGACUGUCAAUGGGCCCCCCAUCAUCUCCAGCACCCAGACGCAGCACGCCCUCCAUGGUGAAAAAGGCCAGAUCAAGUGCUUCAUCCGGAGCACGCCACCUCCCGACCGCAUCGCCUGGUCCUGGAAGGAGAACGUGCUGGAAUCAGGGACAUCGGGGCGCUACACGGUGGAGACGGUCAGCACGGAGGAGGGUGUCAUCUCCACACUGACCAUCAGCAGCAUCGUGCGGGCUGACUUCCAGACCAUUUACAACUGCACAGCUUGGAACAGCUUCGGCUCUGACACUGAGAUCAUCCGGCUCAAGGAGCAAGGUUCGGAAAUGAAGUCGGGAGCCGGGCUGGAAGCAGAGUCCGUGCCAAUGGCCGUCAUCAUCGGGGUGGCCGUGGGAGCUGGCGUGGCCUUCCUCGUCCUAAUGGCAACCAUCGUGGCCUUCUGCUGUGCCCGUUCCCAGAGAAAUCUCAAAGGUGUUGUGUCAGCCAAAAAUGAUAUCCGAGUGGAGAUUGUCCACAAGGAGCCUGCCUCUGGCCGGGAGGCUGAAGAUCACUCCACCAUCAAGCAGCUGAUGAUGGACCGGGGUGAAUUCCAACAAGACUCAGUACUGAAGCAGCUGGAGGUCCUCAAAGAAGAGGAGAAGGAAUUUCAGAACCUCAAGGACCCCACUAAUGGCUAUUACAGCGUCAACACCUUCAAAGAGCACCACUCGACCCCGACCAUCUCCCUGUCCAGCUGUCAGCCAGAUCUGCGUCCCACGGGCAAACAGCGCGUGCCCACAGGCAUGUCCUUCACCAACAUCUACAGCACCCUGAGCGGCCAGGGCCGCCUCUACGACUACGGGCAGAGGUUCGUGUUGGGCAUGGGCAGCUCAUCCAUCGAGCUCUGUGAACGGGAGUUCCAGAGGGGCUCCCUCAGCGACAGCAGCUCCUUCCUGGACACACAGUGUGACAGCAGCGUCAGCAGCAGCGGCAAGCAAGAUGGCUACGUGCAGUUCGACAAGGCCAGCAAGGCCUCCGCCUCCUCUUCCCACCACUCCCAGUCUUCUUCCCAGAACUCCGACCCCAGUCGACCCCUGCAGCGGAGGAUGCAGACUCACGUCUGAGGAUCACACACCUCCAGUGGGGACAAGCAGGGCAGGAGAGCAGGGCAGGAGGGCAGGGUGCCAGCUGGGUCUCCAAGGACAGGGCUACUUCGCAGAGGAUCCCAGAACCGCCGCCUCUAGGACGGCCUGUGAGCGCCUAUGCUACUGCCUUCCUCUGAAGCUCUCAUCAAGCACAAACCUGAGUCCCCAGCUGCAGCAAAGCCAGAGGCGGAAGGGCCGGGUAGGCGGGAAAUGCAGAGAGGAUGUACAAGUGCCCUGUGCUUGGUGCUGGACGCCCUGUCCCCCACCGUUCCCUGGAUGCCCCUCUACCAUCUGCUCCUCCCACGGGCACUUGUGGCAGCUAUAACUUUGCUUUCAUGAACCUGCCAUCCACUCUCCAGUCUCCCCCUGGGCUUUUCCCGCUCCUGCCCGGCAGCCCUCCCCCGUGCCUGUGCUUCUAGACAGUCUGGGAGAAGGGGGAGUUCUUCAUAGCCCUGAGUGCUCCAGAGACCCGAGCUCCCCCUGCCGCUCACAGCCCAGGCGUUGGAGGCCGAGAAGCCAGAAGCCCUGGCCAAAGGCACACGCUGCCCAGGAGCCCACCCCCAGUUCGUUUGGUGUUUUGUGUCCAUACUCUUGCCGUUCUGUCCUUGGACUUGGAAGUGGGACUGGCCCAGAGCCUGCGGAAGAAGCGGGGAGGGGAGCGGGGAGGGAGUUGGGAACAGAGUGUGAACAACGCCUGCCUGGGGACUCCUCGCCCAACACCCCUCCCCAGGCCCGGCCUCCCCCUGCCCUGCUUUGUGUGCCCCUCUCCUCCCUGCAGCACAAUUGGAGUUAAUAUAAGGAGUGUGUGAGUCUCUCUGGUCAGGGUUCUUUGAAGGGCCCCUGGAGUGUUUCCUGUGGGUGUGGUCUGAGGGGCUGGAGGCCAGGCCUUUCUGAGACUUGCUUUCUCAGCUGGUGAGCACAAGGAACAGGGAUCCUGUCUUUAGCAAGACACAUGGGCCAGAGGAACAGUUCAUCUGCACCCCCCGACCCCCACCACCUGAGAAUAAACGUCAGGCCCCUCACCCCAA